GAAACGCUGGGUUGGUAAUUCUCUACUCUGACACUUGCUUUCAUCUUUAAUAGCUGAUACUCCUCACUGGUUUUUAUGUUUGUGGCGCCAUCGUUUACGUGGAGAAAACAAACAAACCAACAAACCCAAAAACUUGAGUUAUGGCAGCUCUAAAAUACGCAGGUAUGGACGACACAGAUAGUGACGAUGAGUUACCUCCUGGAUGGGAAGAGAGAUCUACGAAAGAUGGUUGGGUCUACUAUGCAAACCAUGAUGAAAUGAAGACACAAUGGGAACACCCCAAGACAGGAAAGAAAAAACGCUGUGCAGGAGAUUUACCUUACGGUUGGGAGCAAGAAACUGAUGAAAAAGGACAGAUCAUUUAUGUUGAUCACAUUAACAAGCGGACCACAUAUUUUGACCCGCGGCAGGCAUUUACAGUAGAGGAUGUGAUAGUGAAGCCAAAACGGUAUGAUGGGAAUACUGCUGCUCUUGAGAUCCUGCAGGGUCGUGACUUCUCUGAAAAGGUUGUCCUCAUUACUGGAGGCAAUUCUGGCAUUGGCUAUGAGACAGCCAGGUCUUUUGCGCUGCAUGGUGCCCGUGUGAUCUUGGCCUGUCGAAACCUGUCCCGGGCCAGCAAGGCAGUUAGUGCCAUACAGCAGGAGUGGCACAAAGCAAGAGUAGAAGCCAUGAUGUGUGACCUGGCCUCUCUCCGCAGUGUUAGAGAGUUUGCAGACUCUUUCAAGGCCAAGAAACUACCCCUGCACAUUCUGGUAUGUAAUGCAGCAGUGUGCACUCAGCCCUGGAGCUUGACGGAGGAUGGCCUGGAGUCCACCUUCCAAAUCUGCCAUCUGGGUCACUUCCUGCUUGUCCAGUGCCUACAGGAUGUGCUGCGUUGCUCGGCCCCCGCCCGUGUUGUGGUGGUAUCCUCUGAGUCCCACAGGUUCACAGACCUGUUAGACUCAUGUGGCAAAGUGGACUUAGCCCUGCUGUCUCCCGCAAAGAAGGAGUACUGGUCCAUGCUGGCUUACAAUCGGGCCAAACUCUGUAACAUCCUCUUCAGCAACGAGCUCCACCGACGCCUCUCACCUCACGGCGUCACCUCCAACGCAGUGCACCCUGGGAACAUGAUGUACACCUCCAUUCACCGGAGCUGGUGGCUGAUGACCUUUCUCUUCACACUGGCCAGACCUUUCACCAAGUCUAUGCAACAAGGGGCGGCCACCACCGUGUACUGCGCCGUGGCUCCGGAGCUGGAGGGGUUAGGCGGCAUGUACUUCAACAAUUGCUUCCGCUGUCUGCCGUCCAUGCAGGCCCAGGACCACAGCAGCGCUGCCAGCCUGUGGGAGCUGAGCGAGCGCCUGGUUGCAGAGAGGUCUGCAGGCAUACAGGCCCUCUGAUGGACAGAGGCAGAGUAGGAGGAGGAAGAGGAAGGGGACUAGCCAAACAGGAAUCAAAGAGAAAGGACGGCAGGUCAUGGCGAUGUCCUGUUAGGUUUGAACUGAAUAAAAGGUAACUGUACUCUGACUGCACUAUACAAGAGAGCUGCCAAACCACAGAAGCCCAUCUGGACACAUCACUACGGGGGCUAAAACACACUACAUAUACAGUACAGGAGUGGGGGUCAUAUACACUCUAUUGAAUAAAUUAAAGUCUGGGUUGGGUUCAGCUCUGCUGUGGUAGUUCACAAUGGGAGGUGGGGGACGGGAGAAGAUUUUGGACGAAUUCAGGGAUCUCUUAAAGUUUGUUCUUUCUCUGUUUAUAACUCUCUCAAGUCUUCUCCAUUUCACGACUGUCUUUUUAAAAGGGCAAAGAAGCUAAUGACCCAUCUUGCUAAAAAUACAGGGUUACCUAAUAAAGCACUCUCUGUGACAUAUGCAUCUGUUUCCAGCAAUAGUGCACUAUAUGGCAAAUAUUGUGUCUUCCCAGUUAAUGUCUGUAUAUUCAGUAUCGUCUUGUCUAGUUCUACGUAGAUGUUGAUGUUUCCUAUUGACAUACAGAGAGCGUUAGUUCAUCUUUGUGCUGAAUCUUUUUGGGCAUUGAAGAAAUCAGGAGUAAUGGGCAUGUGACACUCUGGAUAUAGUAUAAACACACUAGAGGUAUGAUUCUUAUGGCUAUAUACAUUAUUCUGCAAUAGUUUUAUUUCUUAUCAAUGUCCCUAUUAGUUUUCUGUACAUAUAUUUACAAUAUCCUGAUUUUUGGGCAUGUGCUAAACGGGUGUGGACAUCAUAUUUUUUUCUGUUUGCUAUUUGACUCAACCUACUUAUUAAUAAUCUAAACUCUGGUAAAUCUAAAUUACAAUUUGGAGGUAUUUCUGGGAUGAUCUUUGUCCAUUUGAAUAGCAAAUACAGAUGGUGGAGAAUCUUCUUUCCAGGAGUCCAGGAUCUUUAAUUUCUGUGUUUCUUCCCUUGUUGUCGGAGCAGAAGAAUGUGAGGAUUUUCAGUCUCCUGUUCGCAUUUUUUCGUCGUUGUUUUGAUAUUGAACUCUUGGCUUUGGGUUUGCUCUGGAUUGGUUGCCCUGAAGCCGCUGUUGGGAUGCUUUUGAGACAUUGUGCUUUAUGGCAGUCUGGGUGCCGUAGGUUGCUCUCGAAACAUCAGCAUUCCAGUGUCAUGAUAUCUGUAAAAACAAAAAACAAAUGAAAGA